AUCCAUCGUGCCCUCCACACUCUUCCUAUCUUACCAUUUCCUUGGACAAAGAUUUGUUUUAGAAAAUAUGACUGUUGCUGUUGCUGCCGCUGCUGCUGCUGCUGCCUUUUGAAACUGGAAGUACACAUUUUUCUUGGACAUAUUAAGGUUUGUAAUUCAAGGGGUUCACCAUGCUAAAGCAAGCACCUAGUAGAAACCAGAGGUAUAAAGGGUUCAAAGUAAAACAUGUGCUUCAAAUAUGUGCCUUGGUUGCACUUUGCAUUUGGUUGUUCAACCAAGCUAGGAACAGUUACAAUAACAAGGGAAGUGGGAUUUUCCAAACGGUGACAACCGAGCACAGCCAUGCAAUCGUAAAACUUGGGAGGAAAGACCUUGAUCCUCAAGGGGAAGGGUCAUCAUCUGCGGAUAUCAAUGAAGAAAUGGAAGAAGAGGUGGAGGAAGGUAAAGUCGAGGAAAGUGAAGAUGAUGGAAGAGGGGGUGGGGACGAUGAGAUCGACGGACAUGAUCAAGAGAAAACGGAAGGGGAAGAAAGUGAGGAAGUUGAGGAUUUCAUUGAUGAAGAAGAUAAAGAUAAGGAAAACCAACUUGAAGAUUUGAGUUUAUUGGAAGAUCAAUCCAUGAGAAGUUGACGAGCAGCACAAGAUUGAUGAAGAUGAUGAGCAAAGAGGUGUUAUUGAGAAACUUGGUGGCUUACCAUCUUAGCUCUAUCACUAACACCGAGUGGGAAACUAGGUGUUGUAAGAAUUGGGUCUUUAGAUUCUUUAUAGGAACUGUACAAAGUGUUUUUGCAUUAACUCAUCACUGUUAAAGAAAUAUGUCAAAGAUUAUAUAAUCAGGAAGAAAACAAACCAUAUUUGGAGUUGUAUCAAAAAAGAUUAUAUAACUUGUAACAGUAUCAGUUCAAUGCAUGCAUCCUUAUAAGAA